UUUCUAUCUGGUUUGGGGGGACUUUCUUUCUUUAUAUCUCUUUUUUAUACUAAUACAUACCUACCUAUACAACUCGUUAUACGCGCCAACCUCAGGACAAGGCAGUGCCGUGCCUUACCUCCCGUCUCACAUCACACCCAUUUCCUCUUAUCGCGACUCGCUAGCCAUUAAUUAACAAGAGAAGAGAGAGACCAAAAUGAGCUUCGCAACCUGCACCGAAGUCACCCCCCUCUGCCCCGUCGAAGCCACCACCUACGGCUACUACCCGAACUACGGCGGCAACAUCUUCUUCGCGGCCUUCUUCGGGUUCUGCGGCCUCGCCCAGCUCGGCAUAAACAUCUACUUCCAAGCAUGGACGCUGGCCAUCGCGCUAGUAGGAGGAUCCGUCCUCGAAAUGGCAGGCUACAUCGGGCGGGUCCUCAUGCACGACAACCCAUGGCACUCUGGCGCGUUCAAGCUGCAGAUUGUGACGCUUAUUCUCGGUCCGACGUUCGUGGCCGCUGCCGUGUAUCUCACGCUGAAGCAUAUCAUGCUGGCGUUAGGGCCGCAACACGCGCGGCUGCGGCCGCAGCUGUUCACGUGGGUGUUUAUCGGGUGUGAUAUUGGCUCGUUGGUCCUGCAGGCUGCGGGGGGUGGUGUCGCCGCGGGGGCGGGUAAUACCGAUCAGCGACUGCUGAAGAUCGGAGAUGAUAUUAUUAUUGCGGGGAUAGCGUUCCAGGUUGCUACGAUGGGGGUGUGUGGAGUGUUGGGGGUGGAAUUCUUUCUCAGGGUGUGGAGAAGUAAGAGUGAGGAAGGGGGGUAUAAGGUGCGCUGGAUGGGGCUGGUUAUUGCGGCGGAGGUGUUUGCUUAUUUUACGGUGUUGAUUCGGUGUAUUUACCGACUCCCUGAAAUGGCUGGCGGAUGGGGAAACCCGCUGAUGCAAAAGGAGAACGAGUUUCUUGUGUUGGACGGGAUGAUGAUUGCUCUGGCUGUGGGAUCCCUGACACUCGUUCAUCCGGGGUUCUUCCUGGCGACAUUGCGGAAGGGAAAGAAGAGUAUGAUAUUGAUUCGUUUUGACUAG